UUAAGAAAUUUUCGAAGAAUUGAUUUUGCUCAGUGUAAAGUUCGAAAAUCUAAUUGUGUUCGAAUAUUUUUCGGAAAUGUCAAGUGUGCAUUAUUUACUGUUAAUAACGAGUGUUGUGUGCGUGCUAAAGCAAACGCGGACGUUCACUGACGGAGACACUUGCACAAUAGAGUCUAUACCCGGUAUUUGUAAGAGAUCAUCUGAAUGCUCUCAGCUUAGCGAAUAUAUCAAACGUGGAGAUUUAGAAUUAGAAGACAUUGAGUGCGACAUUGCGACAGCUGAAAAUCUUAUCUGCUGCCCAACUACAUCAUAUUCGAAAGUAUUGCUUUUAAAAAGACUUCAACCUGGCCUAAUCUGGUCAGUAACAAAAAAACCAAUCAAAGAACGACCUGCUGAGAAAGCUUGUCACUUACUGGAGGAAAAGAUAAUCGUAAAUUCAAAUUUAAGGGUACUGAGUAGUGCAUCUGUGGCACUUGGUGAGUUCCCACAUAUGGUAGGAAUUGGCUAUAAAUCCAAUGAUGAACAUAAAACCUAUGAUAUCCGCUGCGGUGGUACUUUAAUAGAUGCUAAGUUUGUUUUAACUGCCGCACAUUGUAUAACAGUAUCUGGAAAGCCACCUCUAAUAGUUCGCUUGGGUGUUAUCAAUAAUACCGAUGUUGACGAAAUUAAAAAUGGUUUAGAAAUUCCAAUAAAAAAAAUACACGUACAUCCGGAAUAUGUAUCGACUGCUGCUUAUAACGACAUUGGAUUAUUAGAAUUGGAAAGUAGUGUGAAAUUUAAAUCUAAUAUUUUCCCUACAUGUUUAUACACCAGUAUUGAUGAUCCACCUACAGAUUCUGUACUAUAUGCCACUGUUUGGGGAAUCGCCAGUACAACAACUCGUAGACCUUUAGACGUUUUACUAAAAGGUGUACAGGAACUUGUGCCGUUGGACGUUUGUAACAGUUUAUAUAAAGAAGCAGGCUUAACAAAACGUAAACCAAAGGGUAUAAUACAAACUCAAAUAUGUUCGGAAGCUAAGAAAUCAGAAAAAAGUCCUUGUCUGGGCGAUUCAGGCGGACCUAUAAGUUUAGUUGUGGACCCUACUUGGAGAAUAUAUCGUUUAAUUGGUGUAAUCUCAGCCGAUUUCAGUUGCGGUUUUCCAAUACCAGACAUAAAUACUCGUGUUGCGGCGUAUUUAGAUUUUAUUGAGAAUAUAGUUUGGCCGCAUUUAAAAUAGAUUUAAUUUUAAUUAUU